ACCUUGGUUGUGGGGUUGUUGUUGGCAGUGGGGUCGCAGCAAUCAUGGUUAACUUACUUAUAAUUGUGUGUGACCACUGGGUUCAUAUACCUGUCCCUGUGGGAUUUGUCAUUGGAUGUUAUCUAGACAGAAAGAAUGAUGAAAGGCUAACUGCCUUCCGGAACAAGAGUAUGUUAUUUAAAAGGGAAUUGAGACCCAAUGAAGAAGUUACCUGGAAGUAAAAACUGGCUGAAUUACAGAAUGUUCACAUUUUAAAAGUUACAAAAGAAAUAAAAACA